GCAAAACGGAUGUGUUUUUUUCAUUCUCUUGCAAGUUUCCAAACGUGGUGAGAGUCGCGCAUCCAUUUGCUUUGCUGAAGAAAAUCCGGAAAAAGCCAACUAACCGCACACAAAUAUGACCGACGAAUACUUUUACGGAGCAACUCUCAAGGAGGGCAGCAAAACAGUGACCUGGGACCCGGACAACAAGCCGGAGGGUUACCCACGGACGAACAAGCUGGUCAUCAAACAGUGCCUCCUGGGCCAUGAGGCAGCCGCGGACGAGUUCAACGUGGUGCAGGUGGAGACGAUGACCAUAAGGGACACGCUCCGCAUACCGAUCGCCGUGCUGAAGGUGGGCGAACUGCGACAGUGCCGCAUGGAUUUGGAGUUCUCCGACGCGCCCGUCACGUUCACGUUGGUCGAGGGCAAGGGACCUGUGCACAUCCACGGGCUGCAUCUGCUCGGUUCGCUGGUGGAGGAGUUCGAGGAUAUGGAGGAGAUGGAGGAGGAAGUGCUGGACGAGGAGGAGGCCGACGAGGACGAGGAUGAGGACGGUGCGUCACAGAAGAAGAAGCCAAAACUGACCAACAACUCCAAGGGCAAGCCGGGCGCAGCGGCCGGCGGUCCCGCCGGUAAUGACAAAAACCGAAAGAGGAAAUAAACGGGACACGUUCCGUGCACCGGCCACCAGCCUCUGUGAUUGCUCUUACAGAAGCAGAAGCAAAGUCGGCCGCCACAGCGUGUCAUCAUUCCUCACCACAAAUUAAAUAUAUGUAUUACAAAAAAAAAAAAAAA